AUGAAGAUUCCAAGUUUCCUCCUCCUCGCGGCGGCGUCUUUGACGUCAGCCGCUUCGCUGCAGCAAGUAACAAGUUUUGGUAGCAAUCCGACAAGUAUUAAUAUGUACAUAUACGUACCUGACAAGGUUGCUACUAAGCCAGCAAUUAUCGUCGCUCUUCACCCCUGUGGCGGGACAGGACCACAAUGGUAUUCUGGUACCAAGCUACCAUCAUAUGCUGAUUCAGGAGGUUUCAUUUUGAUUUACCCCGGCACGCCUCAUAAUUCAAACUGCUGGGAUGUGAACAACUCUGCAUCGUUGAGGCACAACGGCGGUGGUGAUGCGGCUGGUAUUGUUAGCAUGGUAAACUACACCCUCAACAAAUACUCCGGGGAUGCAUCCAAGGUCUUUGUCAUGGGCAGUUCAUCAGGCGCGAUGAUGACCAACGUUAUGGCCGGUUCAUACCCAGAUGUAUUCGCGGCCGGGUCGGCGUAUAGCGGCGUCGCACACGCCUGUUUCUACGGCAGCGCAACCAGCACCCCGUUCGGCUCAAAUCAGACCUGUGCGCGAGGUUUGACGCACACCGGUGCCGAGUGGGCAAACUUCGUUCACAACUCUUAUCCGGGCUACACCGGCAAAUACCCGCGUAUGCAGAUCUGGCACGGGCUUGCAGACAACCUGGUCUACCCACAGGCCGGCUAUGAGGCACUGAAGCAGUGGGGUACCGUUUGGGGUUUGCAGAACACGAAGAACAACACCGGCGUACCGAGCUCAGCGUACACGCAGAUUCUAUACGGCGAUGGAAGUCAAGUGGUCGGAUACUUUGGCCAAGGAGUAGGACAUACCGCGCCAGUCAACGAGCAGAACAUGCUGAGGUUCUUCGGUCUGUUGACGUAA